UGGGCCUGGCGGUGAACCGAGGCUGCGGGCAGCUGGGCGGCUCCGCGGGUGGGUGUCCGGAGAGCCGCGGGGCUGGAGUGCCCAGGGUUCACAUCACACUCCAGGAGGUGCCCGGGCUAGUUGGUUGGCUGGUGAGACCCGCAGGCCAGGACCAUGGGCUGCUUCUUCUCUAAGAGGCGGAAGGCUGAGGAGUCGCGGCCCGAGAGUGAGGAGGAGCAGCCCAAGCAGUACAGCUGGGAUCAGCGCGAAAAGGUUGAUCCAAAAGACUACAUGUUCAGUGGACUGAAAGAUGAAACAGUAGGUCGCUUACCUGGGAAAGUGGCUGGACAGCAGUUUCUUAUUCAAGACUGUGAGAACUGUAACAUCUACAUUUUUGAUCAUUCUGCUACAGUUACCAUCGAUGACUGUACUAACUGCAUAAUUUUUUUGGGACCUGUGAAAGGCAGUGUGUUUUUCCGGAAUUGUAGAGAUUGCAAGUGCACAUUAGCCUGCCAACAAUUUCGCGUGCGGGAUUGUAGAAAGCUGGAAGUCUUUUUGUGCUGUGCCACUCAACCCAUUAUUGAGUCUUCUACCAAUAUCAAGUUUGGCUGUUUUCAGUGGUACUACCCUGAAUUAGCUUUCCAGUUCAAAGAUGCAGGGCUAAGUAUUUUCAAUAAUACAUGGAGUAACAUUCAUGACUUUACACCUGUAUCAGGAGAGCUCAACUGGAGCCUUCUUCCAGAAGAUGCUGCGGUUCAGGACUAUGUUCCUGUACCUACUACUGAAGAGCUCAAAGCUGUUCGUGUUUCUACAGAAGCCAACAAAAGUAUCGUUCCAAUAUCCCGGGGUCAGAGACAGAAGAGCAGUGAUGAAUCAUGCUUAGUGGUAUUAUUUGCUGGUGAUUAUACUAUCGCAAAUGCCAGGAAACUAAUUGAUGAGAUGGUUGGUAAACACUUUUUCCUAGUCCAGACAAAGGAAGUGUCCAUGAAACCUGAGGAUGCUCAAAGGGUUUUUCGGGAAAAAGCACCUGACUUCCUUCCUCUUCUGAACAAAGGUCCUGUGAUUGCCUUGGAGUUUAAUGGAGAUGGUGCUGUAGAAGGAUGUCAAUAUAUUGUAAAUGAGAUAUUCAAUGGGACCAAGAUGUUUGUAUCAGAAAACAAGGAAAAAGCAUCUGGAGAUGUAGACAGCUUCUACAACUUUGCUGAUAUACAGAUGGGAAUAUGAAAUGCAAUGUGGAACCAAGGACUUGGUAUUAAGCCUUUUCCAACUUCUGUGUAUACAGUUUGAUAAUAAGCUUUUCUGUAUUAGCAGUAAUUUUUACUAAUGCUGUAAUUGCUAAAGGUUAUUUUUAAUAACAUGUUGAAUAUAGCAUCAUUUA